AAACUAAGUACGCCGGUCCAACUGCGUCAUAUUUAAACUUUGUCGUCUGUAUUUAUUAGAAGAUAAAGCAGAUAACUACGUGCACCACAACAUCAGUAUUCUUGAAUUUGUACGUAUCCUAAUAUCGACUGAAAUGGUUACCUUUUUCUUCCCAUUGAACCACAUAAAAUUGUUUCUUUUAGUAGUAAUAAUAUUUCCUUUACAUAUAACAAAAGGGUCUAAUAAAAUGGCAAAUGAAUCAGACAUGAAUAAAACAAGUCACUUUGUGCUAGUACAUGGAGCCAGCCAUGGAGGAUGGUGCUGGUAUAGAAUAAAGGAUAUACUAGAAAACAUGGGGUAUAAAGUGAGCUGCCCGGAUCUUACAAGCUCAGGGACUGAUCGCACAGAUGCUGAUACUGUCUUUACUUUCAAACACUAUAAUCAGCCUCUUGAUCAACUUUUGGAAAGCCUUCCUGUUGGUGAAAAGGUAAUAUUGGUGGGGCAUAGUGCAGGAGGACAUAGUCUUACCAAGUCCAUCCAUGAAUUCCCAGAUAAAAUCCAAGUAGCUAUAUUUAUUGCGGCUGCAAUGCUCCAUAAUGGUUUUUUAACUCCGCAAGAUCUCAAAGAUGGAGCUCCUAACUUGUCUCAAUAUGGUGAAGUAUAUGAGUAUGGGUAUGGACAAGGACGUGAAAAUCCUCCAACUAGUGUCCUUUUCAAGAAAGCAAUUCAACGUCAGCUUUUGUACCAAAUGAGUCCCUCCGAGGAUAUCUCAUUAGCAUCAAUGCUUUUGAGACCAUGCCCAAUCAGAGCUUUAAAGGGGAUGGUGUUCGAAGGAGGUAAGGACAUCGACAAAGUACCACGAGUUUACAUUAAGACGUUGCAUGACAAUGUCAUUACACUGGAGCAGCAAGACUCAAUGAUCAAGAGAUGGCCGCCAUCAGAUGUUUAUAGUAUUGAUAGUGAUCAUUGCCCUAUGUUUUCAAACCCUUCUCAACUCUUAGGUUUACUUGUUAAAAUUGCAGCAAAAUUUAGUUCUUGAUGUUUAAAAAUGUACACUUGGCUAUAACUUUUUUUAGAUUUUAUAAUUAGUUAUACUUGUAAUAACUAUAGCUUGGAACUUAAUACUUGUAUUGGUUGUAGUGAUGAUAUGUGUGCUUGAAGUAUUUGUAUUAUAUCCACUACUCUCCUUCACCAUAUAUAUGAAUAGGAUAAGUAUGGUUUAUACGAGUUUGAAUUUCAUUUUUAGCAUUUUGUCGAAACGUAAGCUAAUCAACGAUAA